ACUUUGCUCCAGCUGAGCACGACGAUGUGACCUCAGGGUAAAAUUUACAGAACACGGUGUAGCCAAAGCAGCAGACAAAUACCUGACUGAAUGAGUGAUGUUCUAAAACCUGCAGGAGGAGCUAAACGGUAAACAGACAGAGUGACUAACCCACUGCAAACAGGCAGUGACUGUGAGUGAGUAUAUAAACUUCCUGCACUCUGCAUCUGCAGUAUGUGCUGCAUCUGUGAGGACAAUCAGGACACUCGACAUGACAACCCAAACAGCCAGGAACAUGGCCUCCGUGCCGUAUGAUGUGCAGUUCAGGUGCUGCAUAUGUCUGGACACCUACAACAACCCUGUCUCCAUCCCAUGUGGACACAACUUUUGCCUGGACUGCAUCGAAGGCUUCUGGGACAUGAAGGACAAGUCGGAGUGUCCGCUGUGCAAAGAGACAUUCAGAAAACGUCCAGAACUCAGGAUCAACCGAGGAUUUGCUGAAAUCAUUGAAAUCUUUACAAGGUCUCUGCUGCCCACAAAAACACAAGAGGAGGAUGUCGACGUUGUGAAACAUUCCCCAAACCAACUCUUCGAGGCUGACGAAGUUCCCUGUGACAUCUGCCAGGGAAACGAGUCAACAGCGGUCAAGUCGUGCCUCGUGUGUCAGGUGUCUUACUGUGAGCUUCACCUCACACCACACCUGAGGGAUCCAGCCCUGCAGAGACACCGGCUGAGGGAUCCGGCCACCUUCCCCACCGGUCAGCUCUGCAGAAAUCACAACAAGCCGCUGAUGAUGUUCUGCAAGAACGACCAGACGCCUGUGUGCGUGAGUUGCACAGAGAGGCACCAUAAACACCAUGAGACCGUCCCCAUGGAGAAGGAGAGCAAGAGGAUCAAGAUGCAUUUGAGGGAGACGAAGGCCGACAUUCAACAGAUGAUCCACGCCAGACUGAGCAAAAUGGAGCAGAUAAAAAAUUCAGUGGAUCUCAGCAAAAAAAUCACAGAGAGAGAGAUACAGAGCAGCGCUCAGGUCUGCACCCUGCUGAUAACCGCCAUUGAGAGACAACAGGCCGGGCUGGUCGAGGAGCUCGAGGAGAGGCAGGGAGAAGCUGAGAGGAGAGCCGAGGAGCUGCUGGUCGAGCUGGAGCAGGAAAUCAACCAACUGCAGACGAGGAGCAGCGAGCUGCAGCACCUGGAGCUCACUCACCACCCUCUUCACCUCCUACAGAGCUUCCCAUCUCUAAGUAAACUCCCAUCCACUAAAGACUGGUCUGAGGUGGCAGUCCACUCAGAUAACUGCAUGGGGACAGUGAGGAGAGCUGUCUCUAAGCUGGUGGACAUCUGCCAGGAACUUGGGAACAAACUGUCUGCAGAAGAAGCAGACAAGAUGGAUCAAUAUGCAGUCGAUGUCACUCUGGACCCCGAGACUGCUUCAGGCUGGCUGGUCCUGUCUCCAGACAGAAAGAAGGUGAGCCUCAGCAGCCAGAAGGCCCCGCUCCCAGACAAUCCUCAACGAUUUGACUCCUGCGUCUGCGUUUUGGGGAAACAAAGCUUCACAUCUGGAAGACGCUACUGGGUGGUUCAGGUUGGACAUAAAACUGACUGGGAUCUUGGCGUGGCUAGAGAGUCCAUCAACAGGAAGGGGGCCAUCACUAUUCGUCCCGACAGCGGUUACUGGGCGAUCUGCCGGCUAAAAGGUGGCAGUCUCAGCGCCUGCGCCGGCCCCUCCGUCACCCUCAAAUGCCAGGAAACCCAGAAAGUCGGUAUCUUCCUGGACUACGAGGAAGGGUCGGUGUCUUUCUACGACGCAGAAGCAAAGACACUCAUUUACGCUUACAGCGGGUGUCACUUCUCUGAGCCUCUCUACCCAUACUUUAACCCCUGUGUUCAAGAAAAUGGAAAGAACGGCCCGCUCAUUAUCUGUCCUCUUGAGGGAAGGGUCAGGGAAGGACAGGACAUAAUCAUUGAGUCAGAUGUGUGAUGUGUCAUUAGAAAGGAUGAUGUUAAAAACAGAUAUUUUUGUUCUUUUUUUAGAUCAAGAACAUUUUUGAACCUAUUUUGGUUUAAACACAUUUAUUGUACUGUAACAGUAUUCGACACUGACUUGCAACAGGCCGAAAUUCAUCAGUUAUUUCUGUUUUUAAUAACACAGCAACACUCUGCAGAAUACAUGAUGCUAUUUCUCACAACAUGAAUUGUUUUCAUUGAAUCUUUAUUAUUCUUUCUUUGAAUAAAAUGCUUUAAAUAUUGUUGAAGACAUUGCAAAACUUUAUUCCAUAGCCCAAAUGGGCUAUGAGAUACAAACUGUGAAACUGAAAAUAAAAGCCAUGUUUUGAAAUAUAAAAA